ACCUAUGAUGACCUAAUUACAGGUGUGACAGACAUUUUUCAAAAUGGAGAAAGGGACCUAUGCUAUGUUUUGUUUGUGUUUCGCCAUCUUCUGUAUGGUGAUCGCAUUUGCUAGUCCGUACUGGAUAGAAAGUUUCGAAAAAGCUGACAACAAAUUUGUGAAAUUAGGACUGUGGGAGUUUUGCUUCAACGAUUACACAUUCUACAAGGAUUACAACGGAAAACGAUAUUUGGGUUGCUGGUAUAUCUUCUCGACUGAAGCCAGACCACUUUGGGAAUGGAUUUCCCCACCAUGGUUUAUCUCAUGUCAAGUUAUGGUCAGUGUAAGCUUACUGUUCCAAGUGGUUACAUGUCUUAUUGCGACACUGGCGUACUGGAGGUGUUUACCUAGUUACCUAAAAGAAAUGAUAUAUAUCGGAACUGCGGCAGUAUUGGCCUUAUGUGUACUUUUGAUCCUGAUCACAUUGAUAGUGUUUGGUGUAAGGAAAGAAGAUCGAGGUUGGAUGCCCCGUCCUGAUCAGAACUACCUCUCUUGGUCAUACGGCAUGUGUUGUAUAUCCGGCUGGUUCUGUAUGUUUGGAGCCUGCCUGUUCCUCAAGGCAGCAAAAGAUGACAUCACCAAAGAUUACCGAUAACUGAUCACAGAACUGAACUCUUGACUUUUCCUCUCAUACAGCAAAGUACAGUGUAUUAUAUUGAAUGUCCAGGGCACGUAUUCAUUAAAGUUUAGUCUGAAACUUCGACUUUUGACUUUAAAAUGCUACAAUUAGUUUUUGCUCAUUUUUUUCGGAAUUUAAUGAAACUUGACUCAAAUAUAGCAUAACCUAUAACAAAACUCCCUGCCAAAAUUUCAGUAGUUGGCAUUUUUAACAGAAGUUAAAAAGGAUUUUAAUUUUUAGAGAUUUAAGUCUGAGUCUAAAUUUCAUCCACUUUAGACAUGGAUGAAUAUGGGACCAGGGGUUAAGGCUAUGAAAACUGUGUGGAAAGACCAGUCUCAAAACCCUAGCAUUUGAUUGGUUGUUCACUGACAAACUGUUGACCAAUGGUAAGGAUGCAUUUUGAGAUUGGUCUUAGAACUCAUGUUUUAUAACCUUUAAACCCUGUUUUCAGAUUUAAACAUACUGCAUCAAAAGUUGACAAUAUUGUGUUUAAAACAUGCAUAUUUUACAAAGACAGUGAAACUAACAGACAUUGUGUAAAUAUGUCAUCUUUACAAUCAACUGUCCAUAGCACAUACCUUGUACAUUCCAGAACUUGUGUAUAUUAUUGUACAGUUUUUAUAUACUCCAAUAUUAAUUACUGGGUUUAAAACUCAAUACUUAAAUUUAAUUACCAUAUUUAUUAUAUAAACAGAGUACACAUCACCAGAGAAUUUAAGAUUUAUAAAUUCUUUUUUUUUUCAGAACUAACAACAUAAAAUUUGUCAGUAACUAAAUGGUGUGAAAUACCAAUAUAACAAAUUGACAAAAAAUAUGUUUUAAUUUAAAAUAAUCUGUCAACCAAAAAGUUGCAUUUUGAAACCUUAUUCUUGAUUGUGUGCCUCCACAUUUAACUUACAUAAUAAGGCCCGCCCUGAUGCGCUGACUAAAGACCAGUGAGGCAAUUAAUCUAAGCUUCGGUAUUUCUUCAUAGUCAAGCUAACCUCUUUCCAGUGACAAGUCUGUUUGAAAAUAAAAACAACUGUUGCAUAUAUUUUCUGAUUUUCCUGACAAGGAAUGUCCUUAAGACUGUAUAUGUUAUUAUAAUGAAUAUGGUAAUUAUCUAAAUAUCAAUUAUCAUGCAUUUGUACAUAAAUUACAAACAUCACUAGGCUUUUAUGCAUGUAUAUAGAAACUCUUUUUAUUUUGUAUAUAUUCAAAGAUUUUACCACAAAUCAGAAUUCAUUUUUAACACCUUUUCCUUACACAUCUGGUACCCUAUUUUCCCUAAAAAAGAAUAGAAUAGUAUGUAGCAGUGAGUCAUUGCAGCAGUGUACCGUAAAUAAUGGAAAACAGUUCAGUGAAAAAUAUCUCAAGUUUUGUUGGUUUAGAUCUAAUGUUAUAUAUGUUUCAUUUGGUACUAAGGUUGAAUCUCCCUUAGAAGCCACCUGUAUUGAGCAGUCACUUGCCUUGAGCAGCCUGUCAGACCAACUUCCCAGGUUGACUUUGUUCGAAUUUCAACAUAUCUCAAGUUGCCACUUUGACUGUUUGCUUAAUACAGGUUAUACGGCAAUACAUAUUUGUAUACGUCAGUUACACAAGCAGUUACAUUUUAUAGCUAAGUUUUCAAAAGCAGUUCCUGUUUCUGUUGUCAUUAUAUUUUUAUAUAUGUAUCAUUUGUAAUAAAAAGAUUAAUAUUUCA